GGCGUGUGUUCAGCCACAUCACUCUCCUCUCCUCCUCAUUAGAGGCUGCGGUGCAGCUCUCCAUCGCUAUUCACGAUAGAGGGGGUAGCCUGACGACUCUCGCUCUCCUCCAUUCUGCCUCGGAGGUGGAUGCCAUGCCACCGGAUUUUCUUCAUUUAUCAGCUGUUUUCGUUCACAUGACAAGAGCGCCGGGGGUAUUUUAAGGGUAGGAGAUCCCUCUUGGUCGCGACAUUACAGCAGAUGGAGAGAGCCCUCCAUCAGCCACAUCAACUACUGUCAAUCACAUUAACAUUGACUCAGUCAGUACCAUGGACCUUUAGAAGCAGUAAUGGCAACUUACAGUACCUCUCGCUCUGAUUGGAUAGAUUUGUAGCAUGCGUUCCCUACGUAAGACUGUGCUGUUAGCUCUGGUAGCAUCAGUGGUGCUGGUAUUGGCUGUGCUACAUUCCUGGCCCACGCGGGUCUACAGCACUGUGGAUGUCCGGUACAGACCUGGAGCUGAGCGGCUACUGGAAGAGAGACUUCCUGAACCGGAUCCCAGUGCUAGUACCAUCCCUUACCGUGUGAGGGAGAGUGUGGCCAGGCUUUUGGCUCGCAACGGGUGUGUUUGUGAAGGAGAGAGCCGAGGGAUCAACCUGCCCUUCGCUCAGCUAUUGUUCCCCAGAGUGUCUGCCCAUCCCCUGCACACUGCCUUCCAGGCCUCCCAGCUCCAUGAGAUGAAGAAACGGCGAGCCAAAGAGUAUCAGAGCUUCCAAAUGAGGUCGCAGACCCCUGCUGAUCUGCUGAUUGUAUCUGAAGCUAACAACCCCCUGCAGUACCCAACACAGGGUGUGGAGGUUCGGCCACUUAAAACUAUCCUUAUACCAGGUUUGGCCUUAAAAGAGCUGCCCAGAGAUUUCUAUACACUGAAUUUUUCAGCUUCUCUGGGUACUUUUAAUGUGGCAGCAGAGGUGGAGGGGGUAAAGGUCAGGGGUGAGGGCGAGAUGCACAUGACCCUGACCAGCGGCCUUUUGUCCAGUCUGAAUCGGCAGCUCCAGUUUAUCACAUAUACUAACACACUGUUCCACCCCAGCACAGCUGACACAGUGCAGUUAGACACAGAAGGACAUCAGGCUCUUUUCACCAUCAAGAUUCGUCAUGGAGUAACACCUAAACUCUACAACACAGGCCCUGACGCAGAUAAAGAGUACAACAUCAGUGCUCUCGUGACCAUAGCAACUAAAACCUUCCUGCGCUAUGACAAGCUCCAGGAUUUAAUUGACAGCAUACGACGGUACUAUCCAACUGUUACAAUCGUGAUAGCAGAUGACAGCGAACACCCGAAAACUGUGUCAGGCCCAUAUAUUGAACAUUACAUCAUGCCCUUUGGAAAGGGCUGGUUUGCUGGUCGUAAUCUGGCCGUGUCUCAGGUCACAACCAAGUAUGUGCUGUGGGUGGAUGAUGACUUCAUCUUCACUGCCAACACAAAGCUAGAGAAGCUGGUGGAUGUGCUGGAGAAAACCACACUUGACCUGGUUGGAGGAGCGGUGCGUGAAGCUACAGGCUACACUGCCACCUACAGGCAGACCAUCUCAAUUGAGGCUGGAGAGGAAGAAGGGGACUGUCUGCACAUGCGGCGAGGCUUCCAUCAUAUCAUCCAGGGGUUUCCUCACUGCGUGGUCACUGAUGGAGUCAUCAAUUUCUUUCUUGCCAGGACAGAUAAAGUGCAGCAGGUUGGCUUUGACCCCCGGCUUGCCCGUGUUGCUCACCUGGAGUUCUUUAUUGAUGGGCUCGGCUCCCUGCAUGUUGGGUCGUGUGAUGAUGUCAUUGUGAACCACGCCACUAAGAUCAAGCUACCGUGGGGCCAGUCGGAAAGCGACAAAACUUACGCAAAGUUCCGUUACCCUCCUGCUUCAUCUGAUGCGACACACACCAAAAAUGGCCUGUUGUACUUCAAAAACCGCUUCCAGUGUCUCACACACAACUGAACCCACUCUGACAAUGCCUUCUUCUCUUUCUCAUCCUCCCUCAAACGAACACACUCUCCAUGAGUAGCUAAAGGAGCCUGUGAAGACACUGGAGGUGUGCUGUGUAACUGUAUAUGGUCCCAUGUGAGUAAGUGGGAGCUCUUUUGGAAAGAUCAGACGUGACUGGCGGAUGAGAUGUGCAGUGAUGGCUGAUUAACAUUUUUUUGAUACCUGAAGAUGUCGUAUUUUUGUGUCUCCUUUCUUUAGCUUUAUUUUUGUUCAGAGGAAUUCUUUAGAUACAGAUCAAACCAUUCCGUACAUUAUGCGCAGCCAUCUUUUUUUCUCCUCAGCCAAUCAUGUUUCAAUAUACAUUUAAAGGGAUAGUAAGCCCAAAAAUGAACAUUCUGUCAUUAGUUACUCACGCGGAUGUUAUUUUAAACUGUAAAAGAGACAUUCCAAGCCCCAAAAUGACAUAGGAGUAAGACUGUGACAGAAUAUUUAUUUUUGAACAAACUAUCCUUUAACUAACGAGAGCACAGAAGUUCCUUUUGAAACUGAAGAACGAAGAGAAAACCGGGGAGGUAAAUAUUUCGAACCAUGACUUUUAGAAUUUUUCAAUCCAGAUAAAGGGUAAAGGCAUUUUCUUUGGGACAUUCACAUGGAAUGACACAUAAUCUCCCUGUCUGGCAUUAAUCGAAUCGUGUGUGUGUGUACCUGUCAGUCUGUGUGGGUUUUAUUGAGGGUCGUCUCUCUGUACGUUUGCACUAAAACAAAUGGACUUCAAUAGGAGAGACCAGGCCCUCAGCGUCACUGAAAGAAGGAACAGAGUGAACAUCACUAGCAAGCUAAAACCACAGACAAUCCAACAUAUGACUCUCAUUAUCUCUCUCCCUCUCACAUACACACUCAAGCGAGAGAUGGGGGGUGAUUCAUUGUAUAUCAGUAAAACAUCCUGGAUUUGAUAUUUUUCUGUUCUAAAGAGUGACUGUGCCAAAGGCUGAAUCACUGUCCUGGUAUAGCUUGUUUAUUUUUUGUACAUUUUUAUUUAAUUUUUAUUUAAUUUCUGGAGUCUUUUUUAGAUUACGUCCCUGAAGCAUGCAGCCUGGGGUAAAUAUCAGCUGGAUGUGAAGCAGCAAUGCGAGGUCCAAUGCCACCUUUUUUAAAUUUAGUUUGCAAUCACUCACUCCAGUCAGUUGCUUUUGCUAUGCAGAAUGGCUGAGACAACCAACCUUACUAAAACAAAACAAAAAGCAAUAUUAACAGACUCUAAGUGCAAAUAAUGAAGAAGUCACUAUAAAAUAAAACGACCAUUAAGGUGAUAUCUACAGUAGUUGUCAAAAAUUUGUAUACAUCUCAUUCUUAAUUAUUAUUUUCCUCAUUUUGUAAUAAAUGUUGGGAUUAAAAACAUUGAGCCCCCAAAAACAUUAAUCAGUAUUACAUUUUAUAUAUAUAUAUUUUUGUUUAGCUUUUUAAGUUGCCAAACUCGGCCCAAUAAUUUAAUUAAAAAAUUAUGUUUUGUAAAGACUUAUGCACUAUAUAUAUUUCUCAACCAAAAUAAAGCUUUAAGAUCAAAGGGUCAUUAAGAUAAUGAGAAACUGUGUGUACAAACCUUUGACUAGUACUGUACGCAGCCACCUUCUGUAGAGUAAAAACAUGGAAGAAAAGGGUGCAAUUGCUGUCAAAUCCAAUGUAUAGCAUCAUUUUAGUUUGUUUGUUUGUUUUCAUGUGUGUGUGAGAGAGAGACUACAUCGAGUGGGCUUUACAUUGUCGUCCAUGAACAACAUGAGGCCCUAAUGACUGUUUGCUGCAUUGAACCUUCAAAAACCAUUCAACAUCAAUUCCAUGUACAUUUCUAUAUGAGUGUGUGUUGCGUGUGUGAUAGUUCUCUUCCUUUCCUGUUACAUCCUGUCUAAAAAUGGUGCCAUACAGGAGUAAAUAAAUGGCAUGGCUGUCUAAAAAGCCUUAAAGAGGUAAAGGAAAUGAAAGAGCUUAGAGGUUCAGUGUGUAAUGGAGUUACAUGAUUACACUGGUUGAAUACAUUGUGCAAUGGUUUAAAAGGAAAUUGAAAACACGUUUGCACUUUUUUUUAUAUCUGAAAUGCCAUGUGACAGAAAAAGGAAUACAAUUUAGUAACACUUUUAUUUUAGUGUCCUUGUCUCAUGUUACAUAUAGAAAUAACUAUGAAUAAUGCAUAAUUACAUGCAAGUAACCCUAUAGUAAGUAUAGUUAAUUAAUAGUACUCGGCACUGUAACUAGGACACCUUAAAAUAUAGUGUUACCUAAAAUUGUACUUUAUCACUCUCUACCAGUCGUUGAGCUUCUUUCAGUCCUGAAAAAGACAAGUGGAGGAUGCAGUCCUGCAAUACUAUGAUGCUGUCUGGAGAAUGCUUCCAUUUAUCUGCCCUGCAUAUUCAGGUGCAUGAGUAAGGUCAAAAAGGGAGCAUGCAAAAGCAUUGGUUUAAGGCUACUUGAUUGCACCGUUCGUUUCAGAUGAGCUUAUAGGUAUGGGAGCUCGAACAGAAGUAAACUCUGGCUAUGAUGAGAUCAACUUUUUGACUAUAAUUUUAAUUCUCUGCUUCCUCCUCACUUCACUGCAAUGAUUCUGACUCCUCAUCUCUGGGUUUCUCACUGUGUUUGCAUGACUAUUUUCUGUUGGUGUUUUGUAUCUGUAAUACAAAUAUAAUUUGCUGUCUCCCCAAAAAGUGUGGCUGCCUAUUGCUCAUUUUUAAAAGAACAAUGUAGUGGCACAGGUCCCUUAAAUAUAAAAAAGGAGAAAAGAACAAAAGUUUUUUUUUCUUUCGUUUUCUUAUGUAGAUGUAAGAAAAAGCAUUUGUUGUUGAAUGGAAUGAGAUAAAGGCUUCGGCGAUAACAUUU